AUGCAAGCCAAUCCCAGGUACCGAGGUGAGAACAUCCUUACCCUAGACCUCGAUCUGCCCUGUCGAACAACUCUGGAAUACGAACCUCCGCAACUAGCUCCCCAAGUCAUCGCUGCUCUGGAGGCGGCUCUACAGGACGAAGAAGCCCUAGAGUUGGAUGGCAGGUUUGUCGAAGUGACCUGUAUACUUAUUCCGCUUUGCACAUUUUCCCCCUACAUCUCCAUGCGUGGAUAA